UGAAGUUGAAGAGGAAACUAACUGUAAGCGAACUAACUCUUUAUUAGCUCUUAAACACGAGUUGUAUACCCGUGUGAGACACUGUGAUUGAUUAUACGUGUUGUCUUUAAGCUGUGUGAGUGUUGCUGAGGAAACGCUCAGAAGGAUUUACACCACCUAUCCAGGAUGGGAAAUAUUUUUGCGAACCUCUUCAAAGCCUUCGGUAAAAAGGAGAUGAGAAUUUUGAUGGUGGGACUCGACGCGGCAGGAAAAACCACCAUCCUAUACAAGCUGAAGCUCGGGGAAAUCGUUACCACUAUUCCAACCAUCGGGUUUAACGUUGAAACUGUGGAGUAUAAGAACAUCAGCUUCACUGUGUGGGACGUGGGCGGUCAGGACAAGAUCAGACCCUUAUGGCGUCAUUACUUCCAAAACACACAGGGUCUGAUCUUUGUAGUGGACAGUAAUGACCGAGAGCGAGUGAACGAGGCCAGAGAGGAGCUGAUGAGGAUGCUGGCCGAGGACGAGCUCAGAGAGGCCGUGCUGCUCGUGUUCGCCAACAAACAGGACCUGCCAAACGCUAUGAACGCUGCAGAGCUCACGGAUAAACUGGGCCUGCACUCUCUGCGCCACAGGAACUGGUACAUCCAAGCUACGUGUGCCACGAGUGGAGACGGCCUGUACGAGGGACUCGACUGGCUCUCCAAUCAGCUUAAAAACCACAAAUAAUCCUCAACGCCUACCUUCCGUUUAUCCUCCUACACUGUAGCGCUCUCAUCUCCAUUCAGUUUUAAAGCAGAACGUGCCGGAAGCUGCUCUCCUCUCAGACUGGUCAAAGUGUGGCGAUGCAGCCGCACACCUCUAAUCCUUUUACCUAAACGAUUAACGAGGCAGCUUUUGGAGCGCUCUUAUGCAACACUAGGCGUGUGCCGAUUUCAAACAUCGAUAAUUGAGUAACUUUUACUUUUCUUUUCUUUUUUUUUUUUUUUAAGUAAAUGGUAGAAUCAAAACGUUGUAUCCCCCCCCACACACACACACACACUUUUUAAACAGCUCUGUAGUGAAGCAGGAGCAGGUUAACUCUGACUGUCAAGCUGCAUGCACUGAUCGCGUUACAUUAGCUAGCUGAAUGUAACCUUUAACCUCGGGGGAAACGUUCCUCUUAUGGGUGUAGGUUGCAUUUAGCAAGUUAUGUUAACUUGUAUGAUAUGCUGGCUAGCAUUGUUAUUGUUCUGCUGAUCUACGAAUACGAACGAGCUAAAUUACCCGAAAGACUGGAUUCGUACCUUUUUAAAUAUUAUCGGCACAUGCCUAUGCAUUUUUUAUAUAUAUAUAUAUAUAUAUAUAUAAAGAUGUAGAUCUAUACACUCAGCCUUUCCUGUUCUGUUUAUUGUCUUUAUUUAAUCAUAGAUGAACUGUAGUGGGGAAAUCUUGAAAAUUGUCACAUCCUGUAGCUUUCCUUUCUUUUUUUUGUUUUGUUUCGUGUACCCUAACGGUUAAGACGUACUGUAAAAGACUUACGGACUACGUAGAGGAAGUCAAGAUGGCAUGCACGUACACACACAUGCGCGCACACACACGCACACUACCUACAAAAAUAACGGGCAAAAGAAACCACAGAACCGACUCUGCGAUCUCCUGCACCGAGAUCCGUGUAUGUUUAUAGAAUAAUUAGCAUUAGCUUUUUAGCGGUUUUGAUUCAGAUCCAGCGAUGCCUAGCUUUACUGUGAACAUAACAGAAUAAACGAAGCCUGUACUGGAUAUAGGUUAGGUGUAAAUUGGUAAAUUGUGGCAUCUAAAAAUCUUUAUCCCCAAAACGCCUCCUACCUAGGCAGACUUCUCGCACACAGGGACAAUAUAAUGACGUAACUAAUCACUAAUCACGACGUGAGCAAAAAUAAUCACUGUAAAAUCUCAGGUUCAAUCACGCCUUGCCUUUACGACUGGAGAACCUGGACGAGGUUUAUUUUCCGUGUGUUUGCUUUAUUCCGGUUUAGUGUGUUAGCUUUGCGCUGAUGAACUGGAUCAGGUGUGUUCCAGCAGGUAACACGGUGACGUGUGUGUUCAGGGGUUUAGAUCGUCGAGCCCUAGUUCAGCCGCAGUGCGCACUACUGAACCCACACCAAGUGUCCCACAAAGAUUCACACUGAUUUACACCAGUUAUUUUUGUUACACCAUUCUUUUCCUUUGAUGUUUUGGUAUAAUCGAGAGACUUUUUUCCUUUUUCAGAGAACAUCUGAUUUUUUUUUUUCUUCUUAAGAUAGUCAUUAUCAAAUGUAAAUUAAAAAGCCUUUUUAAAGUCUUACCAUCUGUGUGUGUAAUAAUCUCAUUUUUAAAUUCACGCCGCUACCGCAGGACCCGUUUCUGCUUACUAGAACCUAGCAAUGAAUUGUUAUUGUUGGACGUAGAACAGUGUCAUCAGCAUCAUCAAGGGCUCCGGCUGUGUGUGUCAUCAGCAUCAUCAAGGGCUCCGGCUGUGUGUGUGUGUGUGUGAGCGCAAACUAAAACCUGACCGCUAAGCUCAUCAGUUGCUCUAAUCUCUGCUACAACUCGACAUUAAUAGAACUGACUGCAGGUCUCGGAUGGGUAAAGGUCGACCGGUGUAUCAGUCAGAUCUUGCUAUUACGCUGCCGCUGCCUUUUCUUUGUAUCCUGAACAAUAUUCGUCUUCGAUUACCGCCUGGCUUCGUGCUCUGAAAUCUGAAAUACUCUGAGAAUGUGACAUGGUACAGCAAUAUUAAACACGCAACAGCGUCGUAUUUGAGAUAUUUUUGCUGUGUUGGUGUUCCUCGGUGCCUUCGUGAUCUUCGUCUGAACUCGGUACCCUUCUGGGACUGUUUUGUGUUUUGUGUUGGCGUAACCUGAAUGAAAGUGAUCCUUUUAUUUUCCUGUCACUGAUUUGCUCACAUUGGGACCGGGCUUGUGCCGAUAUUAAAUCUCACAGCGUAUCGGUUUGCGAUAUUAUUACAGCGUUCUGAUAGAAGUGUACGGAUUGCUAGACUCGUCUUCUCAGAGAAAGUAAACGACUCACGCGGUGCUGAAUAUCACCGUGCAUCGUACAACCGAUUAGCGGCACAUGCCUAGUGGGGACAAAAGUAUUUCUGAAUCUCAUGAAAUGUCACUUAGUGUGUGACUCUUUAACGUGAAUGUUUAAUUUUUUUAUGCAAACUUGUCUUGCCUUUCAUUUUGACCGAAAAGCAAUGUAAUGAAAGAAAUAAAAUAAAAUAAAAAAUGAA